AUGCCAAAACGCAAACACAAUUACUUCCCUUGUAUUAAUCUCCCUGAGGUCAUAGAAGAGGAGCAGCUUGAAGCAGAAGAGAUUAAGGGCGCAGUUGUCAUGGUUCCGAAGACUCCUGAGUACACUUUCAACGUCCAUUUUGAUCAUGCCUCCGAGUUUGCUCCCGGAGAGAAGCGCAGCCCUCUUCUCUCACCGUUUUCAGCUGUAAGAGUGUCAAAUUAUUCAUCAGAAGAUGAGAAUGAUGGUGGAAAUGUACAAGUUGAUGAUGAAGCUGAGGAAUUCAUAAGAAGAGCAAAGCAACCUCUCAUGAGGCAGCACAAAUCAAACAUUUCAUCACCCCCUCGAGCUCGGUUAAUUGGUCCAUCCUGGGUGGAUUUAUUGGUGUUUGCUAAGGUUGUCAGAAAAGUCAAAAUUAUGGAUAUGGUGGUGGCGUCUGGAUUCUGGAAAGAGUUGGGUCAUGGAUGGUGA